CUUCUUCUUCUUCUUCUUCAUCCCUCAUCCUACUUCUUCUUCUUCUUCAUCCUCAUCCUACUUCUUCUUCUUCUUCAUCCUCAUCCUUCUUCUUCUUCUUCUUCUUCUUCAUCCUCAUCCUUCUUCUUCUUCUUCUUCAUCCUCAUCCUUCUUCUUCUUCUUCUUCUUCAUCCUCAUCCUACUUCUUCUUCUUCUUCAUCCUCAUCCUACUUCUUCUUCUUCUUCUUCUUCUUGCCAUGGGCCCCUGUACCGCCUCCUCAUGCUGCUGCCAGGUCCAGAGUGUGUCAUGGGGUGCUGUAUGGCCUCCCAUUGCUGCGCUGCCUCCACCGCCACACUGUGGCUCCACACUCUGGU